AGUAGCAAGAAUGUUGAAGCAGCACAAGAAAAGCAGAAGGUUCAGUACAGAAACAGAAAGAUCAAGGCUGUAAAAAUGUAUAACAUCAACGUCGGCAUGUUGGUACUCAGAAGAAACUUGCGCAAUGAGUCACGGAAAGGCGGGAAGAUGGAACCAAAGUGGAGUGGUCCAUAUAAAGUUCUUGACAUUGACUCAUACCAGCGUGUGGCACUGGAACUGGUGAAGGACAGCAAGAAGCUCAAGGCUCGGGUGCCAUAUCGCCAUCUUCGCCCAUUGCAGAGUCGUUUCCUUAAUAAAGCAAGUCUGAUGAAAAGUGAUACCUUGAUCUCAGAUCAUGAGACACCUUUACAAAGCCGACCCGUCAGUCCCUGUGACCUGCUGAAUGACACCCCGGAUGUGCAACUCUCCACCAACCCAACACCUCCCAGCAGCCCCACAUGGAGGCCUGACGAGUGGAAUGACAUGGUCGUGGAUAGAUCUACGGGGCAAAUAGAGGAAUGUGUGGUGGCUCGAGGGAAACUGCAGCCUGAUGUCCACUUAGCACCUGUCCAUAAAGAUCCAUGGGUCGCAGCAAGUGAAGUUGGUUGCCCAGGGAAUUGGUUGAGUGACGCACAUGUUGAUCAUGCCCAGCAUUUAUUAGGUAGCAGCUUCCCUUUUAUCUCAGGAUUUCAGUCCACUGUUAUUUUUUACUGCAAAAACUGUGUGCAGGUUCAGGCUCCUGUGAACCAUUUUGUACAGAUCUUGAGCGUGCACAAAAACCACUGGCUAACACUCAGUAACAUUGGGUGUAAUAAUAACACUGUCAGAGUUUUUGACAGUUUGAGUAGCAGUGGACUGCAAAAUUCUGAGGAGUUUAAUUGCCAGGUGGCUGCCUUGUUAAAUUGUAAAAGUCCAAAAAUUAGAGUAGAGUAUGCAAACAUCAAACAGCAGAAAGGAUAUUCUGACUGUGGUUUGUUUGCAAUUGCCUGUGCCACUAGUCUUUGUUUUGGUCUGCCUCCUGAGACACAAAAUUUUGCCCAGGAACAUAUGAGAAGCCACCUGGCAAAAUGCUUCAGGGACGGCAUUAUGAAACAGUUUCCUGUUAAAUCACCAACCAUGACCCUUAAGAAAAACACAUACCGGUAUUAUGAAAUCAGUAUUUAUUGUCAUUGUAGGAAGCCUAAGUUGGUGGAUAGUUUUUUGAUACAGUGCAUGUUGUGCAACAAUUGUUAUCACAUUGAGUGUGAAAAUGUGAUGAAGGACAUGAAACUUUUUGUUUGCACAACAUGCAAAAAUUUUAUAACUGAAGUUUUGGUUAGUUGCAAUUACUGCAAGUAACCAAAGCUCUACAACUAGCAGUUAUAAUUUUUUCACUUUUGCCUUUUGUAACAUGUUCCCACCUUUGCCUUUUGUUAUAUGUAUUCCAAGAAAUAUGUACCGUGAGUACUGUUAAGGAGGCACCUCUGAAAAGUUACUUUCUGUUUGCUAACCCUGUGAGGAAAUCAUUUCUCUCCAGGUUUGUAUUUACCUUCAUAGUUACUUUCUGUUUGCUAACCACUUCCCUCCAGUGUACAACUUCAUUGCAGAUGAGUAAUUUACAUUCUGUUAACCCUGAGAGGAAGCAUAGUAAUUGCACUGUCUGGAAACCCUCCAAGUUCUAUUCCUACUUAGUGUAGGAGUUCCAGAAGGCUAUAUUUAAUUGUUAUUUUCUUUUGCUUGCUAACCUUGUGAGAAAAUCAGUGCCCUACUAAUAUGAAUAACUGCCUCAUCAAUCAAAGCAGUCUAAAGCUAGUCCGGGAUUGAUGGAUUGUAGUGACCGGUCAGAUAGCUCUCUGCUCAUGUAUAAGGAAGCAGUGUGGUUGUGGCACGGGUACGAUCCUCCACCACGCUCAUAUUUUUUCCCUCACACUUUCACAAAUCUCACGACUUAUGCACCCAUAUCUACCUCUUACAUCUCACAUGAGAAACCUGAUAAAUUAAUCAGGCUGGUAGAAUAAAUUAGUUGCAUACCCCUGGGAAUUGAAAUCUGGUCCAUCAGACUGAAAGUCCGCUGCCCUACCAGUGAGCUAAAGAGCAUCCCCACUAGCAGAGUGAGUUUCUGGCAGUUUUAUGCAAGCAAGUCAUUCAUUACAUGGUGGCAUACUAUGGAACCAGCAUGUGCAGUGUGCUAAAAACAUGAUGGCCGAAAAGGUUGAAUGUUACGCCUUCAAUUAUGUAUGGUUCUUUUGGCACACUUUUAUUAGGCUAUUUGCUUACUUCCUCUUCUUAAGGCUGUGUAUACUCCCUUACUAUCACAAAUGGGGUUAAGAGAGUGAAUGAAUUGUAUGUUGAAAAUUAUUUUUAUAGACUUGUAUAGAUUUUAUACAUUGGAAAUAAU